GAAAGGGUAAAAAAGAAAUUUUGUUUAAUAGUAAAUCCUCUGUAACCACGAGGACAUGAAAGAGACAUAUGCAGAGCCGGCGGAGAGUGAACAGAAAAAAAGAAAGAAAAUAAAACGAAGAAAGAAUGAAAUAAUUCACUUCACUCUACAGCUUGAUUAUCAAAAGCAAUCUCAAUUUCUGAAUCAGGCUAGACCAAGAAUCCUGUGCUGGAUACAUUGCUGACUCGCUGCAGCCUAUUGAGAAAAUUGAGGAGCCUGGAAUUGGACGUUGUGUUGUUGUAGAGUCAGAAAACAGAGCAGAAGAAUGGAAAAUGAGGAAGAUAAAGCUAGAAGUAGCUGCAGAAGCGAAAAUAUAGACAGAUUGAGUGAUCUACCUGAUAGCAUAAUUCAUAAAAUUCUAUCCUUGGUUGACCUCAGAUGUGCUGUCCAGACAAGUGUACUGUCCAAAAGGUGGAGAUUCUUGUGGACUUCACUUAGUGAUCUCAAUUUCAAUGGAACCUGUAUGGAUUUCAAAAACUUCUUAACUUUCAAUAGAUUUGUGAGUAGAGUAUUAUCUACCCGUGAGGACAGCAAUCUUUACAAGAUUCAACUCUAUUCCACUUGGAGCCCCCAUCAUUCUCUCUUGGAUAUGGUCAUAAAAUAUGCAGUUUCCCAUCACAUUCAGAAUAUGGUCAUAAAUUAUGGUCAUUCCACUAUCCGAUCUUUCUCUUUACCACCUGCAUUUUUAACAUGUCAAUCGUUGAAAACCCUACAAUUAUCUGGAUUCAAUUUUAAAGCUUUGGGUUUUGCUCUCCCGAAUCUCAUCUCCUUGAGUCUCUCCCACUGUUCAUUUACCAAUCCAAGUGAUUUCGAUGAUCCUUUUGCUAGUUGCCUGAAAUUGGAAAAUCUAAGCAUGCGCUCUUGCAGUUUUCUGUCAUCAAAGGUCUUGAAAAUAUCUGGGCUCCAGUUACUUAACCUAGAAAUUGUAGGCCUUGGAUAUAUGAAUCUAGCAGGAUUACUGUAUAGGAUUGAUAUUUUUGCACCAAAGCUCAUCUCUUUUGUCUACAAACUCUCUCAUGUAGUGGAUUUCUCUGGACUCUACCUUCCCUCCCUUAAUUUUACCCGUGUUCAUGUUUGUACCAAGCAAGACAAGAAGAAAGAGGCGUAUCUGGGCUUGGUCAAUAUGUUCAAAGGGCUUGGCAAUGCUCAAUCAGUCAUGCUACAUUCUCAAACCAUUGAGGUCCUUGGUUCAUUUCCUGGUUUACUAGAACAAGAACCUUCUCCUUUUAAAAGAUUGAAGUCUUUGCAAGUUGCCCCCAACAAUAAACCUUUGGUGCCUCCUCAUGUGAUGACCUACUUGCUUGGUGGCACUCCUCACGCUGAAACUAUAUAUGCAGAUUACCUAUAGGUGGAGCUUGAUGUUUGAUAAAGCUGCAUCGACACCAGGAGUAAGUUGAUGUCACAGAUGGACUUCGUCUUGAUAGUUUCUUCUGCUUACCUUGCUUGUUUGAGCAGAGAGGCUAUGAAGCAAAGGCAUAUAAAGCAGUAUUCAGCAGCCAAAAGGAUGAUAUGAGAAAGUGCCCACUGCUGUUCAAUGGAAGUCAUCAGACGCAAUGUGCAUGGUGUUUUUUUUUUUUUUUUUUCAUUUUAUAAAGUUGUGUACUGGUGGCAAGAACUAAAACUGAACCAUAUUUGUGGGCACACUCAAAACCUCUAGUUUAAUCUGUGUUCACAUGAAAUAGGAAGGAUUGUUUUGCUACAAUUUGUUCAUUUAUUUGUUUGGGAAAGUUCCGGUUGAAAUCUUUGACCAUCAUAGAAAUAUUAGGUGAAAUUUGAUUUUGGAAAGAGUUCAGUCAAGAAGAAGCUUCCCUG